UUAUUGUGAAUGGUGGUCAGUAGAAAAAGAAGUGUGCUGAAAUUUAGACGCCGGCUGAUAUAAUUUUACAUUUUCAUUUAAAUUACUUUCAUUAAUAAACUGCAAAUAAGGACAUGCGUCCCACAGAAGUAAAGCUAAACAAUCCGCCCGAGGAUGCUAUAUCGGCAGUAAAAUUUGGUCCAAAGACGAAUCAAUAUCUGAUUGCAUCUGCUUGGGAUGGUACGGUCCGCUUCUACGAUGUCGUCAAUAAUGCCAUGCGACAGAAGUUUGUCGAGGACAUGCCUGUUAUGGAUGUUGCAUUCAUGGACAUUGUGCAUGUGGUAAGUGGCUCGCUGGAUAAACAAUUGCGUUUGUAUGAUGUCAAUACGCAUACGGAAAACAUUGUUGGUUCGCAUGAUGACGCUGUAAAUUGUGUCGAAUAUGCUGAAUCUGUAAAUGGUAUACUAACCGGCAGUUGGGAUAAAACCAUCAAAUUGUGGGAUAUGCGGGAAAAACGUUGUGUUGGCACAUACGAACAAAGCAACGGCAAAGUGUAUUCAAUGUCGGUGAAUGAUGAGAAAAUUGUUGUUGCCACAUCCGAUCGCAAAGUGCUAAUUUGGGAUCUGCGCAAAAUGGAAGAAUAUAUGAUGAAACGCGAAUCAUCGCUGAAAUAUCAAACGCGUUGCAUUCGUCUGUUUCCAAAUAAAGAAGGUUACGUGAUGUCUUCGAUUGAAGGGCGCGUUGCCGUAGAAUAUUUAGAUCCUGAUCCAGAAGUACAAAAGCGAAAAUUCGCUUUCAAAUGUCAUCGCAACAAAGAGGACAGUAUUGAACAUAUUUAUCCAGUAAAUGCAAUUAGUUUCCAUAACGUAUAUAAUACAUUUGCGACGGGCGGUUCAGACAGUUUAGUAAACAUAUGGGAUGGUUUUAACAAAAAACGACUUUGCCAAUUCCAUCAAUAUGACACUUCAAUCUCAUCACUCAACUUCAGUCAUGACGGUAGCACACUAGCUAUUGCCUGUUCAUAUAUGGAUGAGUUUGAGGAACCACCUGCCAAUGUGCCAAAUCCUGUUAUUUAUGUGCGUUAUGUAACUGAUCAAGAAACUAAACAGAAAUAAAUUUUAAUUGGAACAUGUCUAGUAGUAAGGUGAUGGCAGUGGACGUUAUAUGAUAAUUUUACGAAAUUUGUUUGGCAUUUACAAAAAUAUAUGCUCCAUAAUGCUACUAUUUAUAAACACAAGUAAACAUUUUAUUUGAAAUUUUAUUGGUUUGGCCUUGUUAACGUCUACUAAAAUAUAAAAAACAUGUUAAUAUUA